AUGCAGAUUUCAGGGCAGCCCACCAGCAAAUUUCAGGGCAGCCUGUGGUUUCAGGGCGACCUGGGGCAACCUGUGAAAUCUCGGGGAAGGCACCGUGCAAGUUUCAGGGCCACCAGCAAGUUUCAGGGCACCAGCAGGUUUCAGGGUGGCCCACCAGCAAGUUUCAGGGCAGCCCACCAGCAGGUUUCAGGGCGGCUCAUCAGCGAGUUUCAGGGCGGCCCACCAGCGAGUUUCAGAGCGGCCCACCAGCAGGUCUCAGGGCGACCCACCAGCGAGUUUCAGGGCGGCCCACCAGCAGGUCUCAGGGCGGACCACCAGCGAAUUUCAGGGCGGCCCACCAGCAAGUUUCAGAGUGGGCCACCAGCAGCCCACAACCCAGACCAACGCAGCCCCACAACCCAGACCAACAGCCACAACCCAGACCAGCAGCCCCUGGCAGACCAGCAGUCCACUGGCCCAGGGCCAACAGCCCACAACUCCAGACCAACAGCCCACAGCCCAGACCAACAGCCCACAACCCAGACCAACAGCCCCACAACCCAGGCCAACAGCCCACAGCCAGACCAGCAGCCACAACCCCAGACCAACAGCCACAACCCCAGACCAGCAGCCCCAGCCCAGACCAACAGCCCACAACCCAGACCAACAGCCCCUGGCAACUAG